CGAUUCACGAUCCUCAACGUUCAACCUCCUGAGGCUCAAGCUGUAAUACUUAUACUGCGUCUGUGGCAUCGCACUGAAUCUGAGUCUCUGGUCUGGAGGACUUGGGGCGCUUCACCAGUCGCCCUGCGAUCCAUAUUUCAAAAUCUCGAAGCACGUCUCCGUCAGAGAACAGGAGAGUUCAUCGAUCGACCCCCUCACUUUGCAGACCAUGUCGCCCCCAUUCUCUCAGCCACACAUCGAGCCUUCCGCCAAGCGUAUCCGUGUGUUCUUCGCGGGCAAGUAUGUCGUAGACACCACACGUGCAAAGCUGGUAUGGCUGAAGCCGUACUACCCAUACUACUUCUUCGACCCUGCGGAUGUCCCGGCGCAAUUUCUGCAGCCCGCAUCCAAAUCAGCGGACCGCGAGCAAUACGACCUGAUUGUAGGCACGCGCAAUGCGGAAUAUGCGGUCACGAAGCACCUGCAGGGCGAUCUCGCUGGCCUGAUGCAGAUCGCCUUCGAUGCGAUGGACGCCUGGUUCGAGGAGGAUGAAGAAGUGUUCGUGUACCCCAAAGACCCGUGCAAGCGAGUGGACGUUCUGCAGUCGUCUCGGCACGUACGCGUCGUGGUGAACGGCGUGGAAGUCGCGAACUCCACGAAGCCGCGCUUGCUCUUCGAGACGGGCAUUGCGGUCCGGACAUACAUCCCCAAGACCGAUUGUCGCAUGGAUCUACUGAAGCCAACGGAUCUCACGACUGUGUGCCCAUACAAGGGUGUUGCAAACUACUACAGCGUGGCACUCUCCACCGGAGAGGUCCUCGACAACCUCGUCUGGUGGUACCGGGUGCCGCUGGCGGAGUGUGCAGACAUCAAAGGCUACGUCGCGUUCUACGACGAGAAAGUGGACACCUACUUCGACGGCGUCCUGCAAGCGCGACCGGGCCAGAAGUAAAGCUGCAGACCUGCACCAUAUCUUGACAAUGCUUGAGUGUAAGACGAUUCGCGCAGAUCUUCCAGCAGCUACUUUGGACCUUGUAAUAUAAGUUCACACGUUGUACAAUGUAUACUUGACCAUCCCAGCGCAGCACCCCCCGUCCGCCGCAGCACCGUCCACUUCGUCUCUUCAAGCUCUUCACCACUUCGGUAGGCCUUCUGAAACGCCU